GCGCACCAGGACUUUUAUGGAAACUUGCUGCUGGGGACGGCGGCGGCGGUGGCGGCAGCCAGAGGGCUCCCAGCGACUGGAGCAGCAGUGGCUGCGGUCAGAACUCCCAGACCCCUACCCACACCCAAGCGCCGGACGCACACAAUCUCUCCGCACUCAAAGAGGACCUAAGCUUGUCACCAGUUCCUGAAGGGUGCAAAAAUAUACAAAGCUGUAUCAACGCAAAAMCAAACUGAGCAAACAUGAAUGAUAUUUCCCAAAAAGCCGAGAUUCUGCUUUCUUCGUCUAAACCUGUCCCAAAAUCCUAUGUGCCAAAACUUGGCAAGGGUGAUGUAAAGGAUAAGUUUGAAGCCAUGCAGAAAGCCAGGGAAGAAAGAAAUCAAAGGAGAUCUAGAGACGAAAAGCAAAGAAGAAAAGAACAAUAUAUUAGAGAGAGAGAAUGGAACAGGAGAAAGCAGGAGAUUAAAGAGAUGCUUGCUUCUGAUGAUGAGGAAGAGGUAACUUCUAAAGUAGAAAAGGCUUAUGUCCCAAAGCUAACAGGGACUGUUAAAGGUAAAUUUGCUGAAAUGGAGAAACAAAGACAAGAGGAACAAAGGAAGAGAAUGGAGGAGGAACGAAAACGCAGAAUUGAACAGGAUAUGUUAGAAAAGAGGAAAAUACAGCGUGAAUUAGCAAAAAGAGCUGAGCAGAUUGAGGACAUAAACAAUACGGGAACUGAAACAACAUCAGAGGAAGGAGACGAUUCACUACUUAUAACAGUGGUACCUGUCAAAUCAUACAAAACAGCUGGAAAAAUAAAAAAGAAUUUUGAGGAUCUAGAAAAAGAAGAGGAGGAGAAAGAAAGGAUUAAGUGUGAAGAAGAUAAAAGAAUAAGACAUGAAGAACAACGACGAUCUCUCAAGGAAGCAAAAUGUCUUUCAUUCCUCAUGGAUGAUGAAAUGGAAAGUGAGGCAAAAAAAGAAUCACUUUUUCCUGGAAAAUUGAAGCUAACUUUUGAAGAAUUGGAGCGACAACGACAAGAAACCAGAAAAAAGCAAGCUGAAGAGGAAGCAAGACAACGUUUAGAAGAGGAGAAGCGUGCUUUUGAAGAAGCAAGGCGGCAAAUGGUAAAUGAAGAUGAGGAAAACCAAGACACAGAAAAAAAAUUUCAAGUAUACCGUCCUGGUAAACUCAAACUCAGUUUUGAAGAAAUGGAAAGGCAAAGGAGAGAAGAUGAAAAAAGGAAAGCAGAAGAAGAAGCCCGUAGGAGAAUAGAGGAAGAAAAGAAGGCAUUUGCUGAAGCACGAAGAAGCAUGGUAGUAGAUGAUGACUCCUCAGAAAUAUAUAAAACAUUCUCUCAAGAAUCUCUUACACCGGGAAAACUGGAAAUAAAUUUUGAGGAAUUAUUAAAACAAAAAAUGGAAGAAGAAAAACGGCGAACAGAGGAGGAACGGAAGCAUAAACUAGAAAUGGAGAAACAGGAAUUUGAACAACUGAGACAAGAAAUGGGAGAGGAAGAAGAAGAAAAUGAAACCUUUGGAAUGAGCAGAGAAUAUGAAGAAUUAAUCAAAUUAAAAAGAAGUGGUUCUAUUCAAGCUAAAAACCUAAAAAGCAAGUUUGAAAAAAUUGGGCAGUUGUCUGAAAAAGAAAUACAGAAAAAAAUAGAAGAAGAACGAGCAAGGAGGAGAGCAAUUGACCUUGAAAUUAAAGAGMGAGAAGCAGAAAAUUUCCACGAGGAAGAAGAUGUUGAUAUAAAGCCUGCAAAAAAAAGUGAAGCUCCAUUUACUCAUAAAGUGAAUAUGAAAGCAAGAUUUGAACAAAUGGCUAAAGCAAGGGAAGAAGAASAACAAAGAAGAAUUGAAGAACAAAAGUUUCUACGAAUGCAGUUUGAACAAAAAGAAAUUGAUGCAGCACUACAAAAGAAAAGAGAAGAGGAGGAAGAGGAGGAGGGUAGCAUCAUGAAUGGCUCCACGAUUGAAGAUGAAGAGCAAACCAGAUCAGGAGCUCCAUGGUUCAAGAAGCCUCUGAAAAACACCUCAGUUGUAGAUAGUGAGCCAGUCAGAUUUACUGUUAAAGUAACAGGAGAACCCAAACCAGAAAUCACAUGGUGGUUUGAAGGAGAAAUACUGCAGGAUGGGGAAGACUAUCAAUAUAUUGAAAGAGGAGAAACUUACUGCCUUUACUUACCAGAAACUUUCCCAGAGGAUGGAGGAGAGUAUAUGUGUAAAGCAGUCAACAAUAAAGGCUCUGCAGCUAGUACCUGUAUUCUUACCAUUGAAACUGAUGACUACUAGGGUACCCUCUCAACUUGGAACUUUCUCUAUCUACAACUUUCUUUCUUCCUACUUUCUGUGGCAGUGCCAAAAAGGAUACCAGAAGUACCACUCUGUUGACUUCUUAAUUCCUUUUCAUAAGUCUUCAAAACACAAACUCUUAUUACAGAAUACUGUUUUUCAAUUGAAUAUCAGAUUUAUCAACAUAUUCUACAAUAUGUAUUUUAGCAGUCAAUAAAAUAUAUUUAUGAGA